GAGAGCUGAUGGCAUCAUGGCUGCAGGGGGCUCUCUUUCUGGACCAAAAUGUACCCCUCAGACACACCUUCACACUAAGUCUCAGGAAUUUUAGUGCUGUCGAUGCCAGAGAACACCAAUAGGAUUGUUCAGCACUUAGAACACCAAUACGAUUGAACAAAUGACUGGCAACAGGAGUAACAGGACACACAAGCUAUUAAGCAAAACGCUCUUCCUGCCAGCAGUUUCUGGCUACAAACUCUUCGUUCUCUUACAAUUUACAUUUUAAUCCAGAUUAUGGGACUCAUUGAUAUUAAUUUACCUAAAUGUGGUCAUUACCAGCCAUGUGUCUAAACUUCCACCAAACUUUGUGGGUGUGAAUGCUGUGGCCUAAAACUUUUGUGCCAGUUAUUUUGUGAUUUGACUACAUAUUUACAGUUUAUGAUGGACACUGGAGAAGAACCUAAAAAAAAAAUCUUUAAAGCCCGCAAAACAAUGAAAGCAAGUGACCGUCAACAGCUGGAAGCUGUGCACAAAACAAAAGAGGAUCUGUUGAAACCCACAGAGUUGGUUAAUGGAAAUCAUGAAAAUUGUGAUUCAGAUAUGAAUUUUGACAUCAAUGAUUCCGACCCUAUGGAGGAGAAAAAGGAUUUAAAUGGCAUAGACAUUAACAGUGAUUCUUUUGAUUCUGUUGUAAAACUGCCUGAUAUUAAGGAGGGUUUAAUAAAUGAUGACCGAACUAGUGAUUUAGAGUUGCCACUUGAUUUUGAACUUCCCGAGAGCAUUACAUGUCAAGAAGAUACAAGCAAAAUUAUGACUAGUGGAACUGCUGUCCAGGUCUGUUCAACGGAUGGUGAACAGCAAAUUGAUGAAAAGACUACUGCUCUUGAUGAAGUAGAGCAAAGAGAGCAAGAAGCACUGCCGUUAGCAGAAAAUCUCUUAUGUGAUACUGAAUUUUCAGAGCAGCAGCCUCUGUGCAACAUUCUUGAAGACAAAAGUCCUGAUCUAGAGGCUGUACAAAACAUGGAAGAUGAGAAUCCUGUGGAACCUACCAUUGAGAAAGAGUUGGAACAUGAAGACAUGGACACCGUAUCAGGGAGCCCUAUUGCUAAAGCAGAAAAUGAAACGGAAGACCAUAUUUUUAAAGAGCCUAUUGAUACAGAACCUGUAGUUUCUAAUAAUACUGUAGAAAAGGCAGAGAAUUUGAAUGAAGAACAUCAUGAAAAUGAAGCAGAUUAUAAAAACUUACCUGACAAUGAAAUGCACAAUGCUGAGGAUGCUGAAGAAAAUCAUGUGCCACAAGAUAACAUAGAGGUGAAUGGACCACAUGAACCAAAUAUUUUACCUGAUAUGGCUGUACCAGAAGCUGGGUACUCUUCAGAGGAAAACAGGGAAACCUCAGAGACUCUGUCACCUCAACAGGAUUUUGGGGAAGAAGCCAUAUCAAGUAGUAUGGAGGUUGACCAAAUUGUGAGAACUGAAGAGGAAAUCUCUUCUCCAGGAGAAGCUCAUAUUGACACACCUGUUUCAGAUCUGCAGGCAGUUACUAGGUUAGAAAGUUCAGAUACAAUGGAAACUGAUGAAAUAAUACCGAUUCUCGAAAAGCUGGCGCCAGUGGAAGAUGAGCUUCAGUAUUUUGUAAAACCUGAUUUGCUAUCUGAAAGUGUUGGUGAUGCAGAGGAAGAGAAAACUGAAAACAAUGCAACUUCUCCAAGCAAAAAUGAUGUCAGUGAGACUCUACCAAGAGAAGCAUUUUUGGUUCUCUCUGAUGAGGAAGAACUGUCUGGUGAAAGUACAACCCUGAAAGAAAGCAUCUCAAAUGAACAAGAUACAAAUGAAGUUAUCACAGAAAAACCCGAACAAAAUAAAGAACAGGAAAAUGCAGAAGAGCCUCAAGUUGAGAAAACUGAGACUUUCCGACGGAAGCGUUCUAAAUCUGAGGACUUAGACAGCCAGAGCUCCAAACGGAGGCGGUUUGAGGGUGAAGAGUAUGAAGCAGAGUUACAGGUUAAGAUCACAGCAGGAGAUGACCUAAACAAGAAACUGCAGAAAGUGAUCCAGAAGCUGUUUGAGGAAAAACUUAGUGCCUUGCAGUGUAUAGAGUUUGACAAAGCAAUUGCGGAGCUGAAAACACGAGUGGAGAAAAUUGAGUGCAAAAAACACGAAACUGUUCUGCAUUCCAUGCAGGCUAAAAUAACCCGGCUGACAAGACGCUUUGGGGCUGCAAAGAAAGACCUGAAGAAAAGACCUGAGCAAACCACAGUAACCCAGCCAGCAUCACCAGGGAAGUCUGCAGCAAGUGAUUCUGCUCCAAGUCUGGACGCCAUGGUUUACAGGGCUGCUGGUACUGUGAGACAAAUGUUAGAAUCAAAACGAAAUGUAGGAGGAACUACUACACCUAAUGUGCAGUUCUCACCUGCUGCUCCACCUUCUGUCUCAAGCUCUUCUAAUUUAACACUACGCACAUCAAACACGACACAGAUGCCUGUAAGCCAAUCACCUGUUAAUACUACUCUUCAAACCAGGGCACCACCUGACUGGAAACUAAUUCAGCAGAAAAUUAAUGCUUCAAGUAUUGGAACUUCAUCAUAUACUUUAAGCAGUCAAUCCAAACCUAUUACACCAGUUACUAUGACUUCAGUUCUACCUACACCUAGUACUGCUACAGUUGUUGGAAACGGUCAGGUGCCUACCAGCAGCACCCAGACAACUCUUUCAUCCCUGCCUUUCAUUCUACAUGUUCCAGUUGCAAUGCCCUCCCAGCCACAACUCCUACAAAGCACAACCGGAACACUGGUGACGAAUAAGCAGUCUGGCAAUGUUGAGUUCAUCCCAGUACAAAAUCAGUCUACGGUUGGCAGUCUCUCAAAAACACCAAUGUCAUUAUCUGUAACCAAAGCAAUCAAUAGCCCUUCAAUGCCCAGCCCAGGCAUCCAGCGGAAUUCCCCUGCCAGUUCCAUUGCUUCCACAUUGACUGUACAGGCUAUUCCCACAACCCAUUCAGUUACUUUAUCAUCCAGACCCUCACUGCCAACUGUUGGAACCUCUGGUACAUACAGUCAAGCAAGUAAUCGGAACACAGCACAGUUAUCUGUAUUUAACAAUUCAUCCUCGUCUGAAUCUCCUUCUGGAGGUAGAUCAGAACUACAAACCAACCGGACACAGACAGCAGAGCCUGCAGCAAGCAAGCGCACCGAGAGCAGUGCAUUGGGUCGAAAAGCUGGAGUCAUUGAUCUUACACUUGAUGAUGAAGAUGUGGUGUCGUCUCCUCAAGACUCCAGAAGGACUAACUCUGCAGCUGUAUCCGGAACAGUUCAGUCAUCACAACCAGUAGCUCGUCCUGCACAGCCUUCCCAGGCUAAUACUCUGCAGACAUCCACUGCACCUGCAGGACUUCCUUCACAGGCCACAAUACAUGUUUUACCAACAGCUCAGACAACUGUUAAUAUAACGCAGCGACCAGGGAUUCAAGCAGCACAAAGGCCUUCAGCUCCUCGAGCACCUAACAACCCACACAUGGUUUACACAUCAACAACCCUUCCCACUGUACCUGUGCAGACACCUGUACGCAACACUGUCAUGCAAAGUCAGAACCUACGGCAGAUCAAUCCACAAACUGGAGGAGUACCUGUAAGAAUGCCACAAGCCACAGCUUAUGUUGUAAAUAAUGGGAUGUCUAUAAGUACUACUGGACCACAACUCACAGUUCAUCAUCGGCCACCUCAAGAACCGGCAAGAUCAAUCCACCCAGCACCACUUCCUGAGGCUCCUCAACCUCAGCGCCUCCCUCCUGAAGCUUCUUCAACUUCUGUUCCUCAGAAACCUCACCUAAAACUGGCCAGAGUACAAAGCCAAAAUGGAAUUGUUCUCUCUUGGAGUGUAUUAGAAGUAGAUCGCAGCUGUGCCGUUGUAGACAGCUAUCACCUAUAUGCUUAUCACGAAGAUCCAACUGCAACAUCUCCGUCACAGUGGAAAAAGAUUGGGGAAGUGAAAGCACUACCUCUUCCCAUGGCAUGUACUCUAACACAAUUUGUUUCUGGCAGUAAAUACUAUUUUGCUGUUCGGGCGAAAGACAUUUAUGGACGCUUUGGACCAUUCUGUGAUCCGCAAUCAACAGAUGUUAUUUCUACUCAGAGCAGUUAGAAAAGUUGAGAAGACGCUUUAUAGUACUUCCUGUUAUGGUUCUGUAGCCAGGACCUCAUGCAUGAAAUCUAAUUUGGAGGAGCUACUGGGUUCUCUUAAUGGGGACCAUGUACAGCACUUGCCAGGUGUCACAAAAUAGGCUACAUUCCUGACAAGUUUUUUUCUUCUUCUUUUGUAAAUCACUAAUUUUCUGCAGAAUGUAUAUUAAGUCGUUUUUCCUUUUACACAAAUUUGAAAGUCUGCAAAUCUGUAGACAAAAGACAUGUCCCUGAAAUGCGGAUAAUUGUAUAGGUGAUGUAAAUAUUAUGUAAAAUGAUCUACUGAAAGAGGAUGGUUGGGUAAACUCAUUUGACACAGAGGGAACCUUUCGACGUGAUUUUUGGUUAUUGUAGCUGCUAGAAAGGACAAGUAUUACAGAGGAAUCCAGUGUUUCAUGGUUUGUUCAUUCAUGAAGAUAAAACCUGUAUUUGAUCUCCACUGGCUGGGGACAUUGACAUCUAACAGUUAUUUGUGCUGUUUAGUAAUAAUUAUCAACCUGUUUUCUUGUGGUUUAUUCUGCUCCCUGACGCAACCUUUUAUACUUUUCUGUGAGUUAUCUUCUGUCUUUCUUUUGUGCCUUAACUUGAAUAGGAAUGAUUUUCAGUAUUUGAUCUGCAGGUUCCCCUUUUUGAUGUAAUAAAUCUGCCCAUACCCAGGCGCCAAAGAGCAAUUUUAAAGUGAUUGUUUGAUUUUCCCCAUCACACUAUUGAUUUUUUUUUACAUUUUUGAAUAAAGUAGUUCAGGAGUUGUGCAGCCUUUUCUGUCCAGCACAGUAGUCAUCUGCUUACAGUUUACAUCGUUACAGUGUUUAAAACUCACUGCAAUGCUUCAUUGGAUUGGUUAUAUAUCUAUCAAUUGUAAAACUUGACUGUGCUUCCAUAAAAGGAAAUGUUAUUGUAUUUGGAUAUAAAAGCAUGAAUUACUUCAUAAGUACAAUAUUUCCUCCCUAUUUUAUUUUUUGAGGAAAAGUAUUUUUGUAUUAGUAUAGAUUUUCUCCAUCUGCAAAAUUUUGACAAAAUUUACAUAUAGGAAGAAUAGUUUUGUUAGUUACAAUAACACAAAUUAUAUGUAUUUGUGUACUGCAAACCCCAUUGUACAUUUUGGAUGUUGGCUUAUAUAAUUUUUUUUCUUAAUUAUUAUUCUUUUUAUAAUCGAGUAAAUUUGUUAGUGCAACUGCAGUCAGUUAGGAUUGUGCUUGGUAACAGCUAUCCAGAAACUUGACAUUAAGAUUUCAGCAGCUGGAAAUUCUUCCAUGAUCUCUAAUCUCAAACUCCAGCUCCUGUUAUAGUGAUCCUCAAUUCUAAGCUGGCAAGCGCUGGACAUUGAGAUGUAAUGCUAUGUACAUAUUAUGCGAUCCCAUACGAUACAAUAUCAUAUGAUAUUGUAUAAGAUAUAUCAGAUUGUGUGUACACACUACAAACGAUGUCUAGAAACAAAGUCAUCACUGGAGUUCAAAACCACACAAUAUCGCCUCAUCAAGACUGCAUGCAGUCCGACGUACGACGUCGCAUGCGACCCGCGGAAGCACGCAUUGUACGUCGGAUCAUGCAUACACAUUAUGCAAUAUCAUUUAGGACUGAUCAAUAUCGUUCAGAUUGUGAACGAUAUUGCAUAGUGUGUAUGGGCCAUAACACUCUGUGUGAAAUAUUGUUACAUUGUAAAUAAAUAUUUUUUUUACAAACUUG